UUGCUAGGGUGACAGGGAUACAACAUGUCGGCCGUAUCCUAACGCUUUCUGUCGGGGGCCAGCGCGGAGGUCCUAGGUCCGGACCCUGCUUCAGAGGAGUGGAAGCAGGGGGCCGUCCUUUCCGGCCCUUUCUUCUCCGUCUGGUGUCGGCAAGGGUUUGUCGUCGGCUUCCGUAUCCAGGAUGAAGAGCUAUAAAGCACUUGGCAAAAUCGGAGAGGGGACGUUUUCCGAGGUGACGAAGAUGCAGAGCCUGAGGGACGGCGGCUACUACGCGUGCAAACAGAUGAAGCAGCGCUUCGAAAGUAUCGAGCACGUGAACAACCUGCGGGAGAUACAAGCUCUGAGGCGCCUGAAUCCGCACCCAAACAUUCUUACGUUGCACGAAGUGGUUUUUGACAGAAAAUCUGGCUCUCUUGCACUCAUAUGUGAACUUAUGGACAUGAAUAUUUAUGAGCUAAUACGAGGGAGAAGACACCCAUUAUCAGAAAAAAAAAUUAUGCACUAUAUGUACCAGUUAUGUAAAUCCCUUGAUCAUAUGCACAGAAAUGGAAUAUUUCACAGAGAUGUAAAGCCAGAAAAUAUAUUAAUAAAGCAGGAUAUCCUGAAGUUGGGGGACUUCGGAUCCUGCCGGAGCGUCUACUCCAAGCAGCCCUACACGGAGUACAUCUCCACCCGCUGGUACCGUGCCCCGGAAUGUCUCCUCACCGACGGCUUCUACACCUACAAAAUGGACCUGUGGAGCGCUGGCUGCGUGUUCUAUGAGAUCGCCAGUCUGCGGCCUCUCUUCCCCGGAGCCGAUGAGCUGGACCAGAUCUCAAAAAUCCACGACAUCAUCGGCACGCCUCCUGGGAAGACCCUCGCCAAGUUCACACAGUCGAGAGCUAUGAGUUUUGAUUUUCCUUUUAAAAAGGGAUCAGGAAUACCUCUACUGACAGCCAGUCUGUCCCCGCAAUGCCUCUCCCUCCUGCACGCAAUGGUGGCCUAUGAUCCCGAUGAGAGAAUCACUGCCCACCAGGCCCUGCGGCACCCCUACUUCCAGGAGCAGAGGGCGGCUGAGAAGCAGGCUCUGGCUGGCCACAGAAAAGCUUUCUUUCCAGAGCGCCCUGUGGCUUCAGAACUACUCAGUAACCGCUGGCACGUUGCCAAGGAGGACAGAAAGCAGAAACAGUCCCUAAAGCCAAAGGAGGACCAUCCCAAGAGACCAGGCCCAGCAUACAUCAUGGAACUGCCCAAACUGAAGCUUUCAGGAGUGACCGAACCAUCCUCGUACCCCAGCCCUGCGCUGCACCCCAUGUUCGGCUCGGGGCCCAGCAGGAAAGUGCCGGGGCUGAGGCCCCUCGAGUGUGUUGGCACCCGCCAGAAGGUAGCCCAUCGCGCUCGCUCCCCGUGGCCCACGGCUCUCGGGCCGGCCCCGCUGAGUGUCUGUUUCCUUCAACAGACAGAUGCGCAUAAGGACACGAAGCCCCACGUAAAGCAGUACCGCCUGCCCUCGAUCCAGAGGAAGGGCGAGGGGCGCUGA